CUCAUACCCUACCAAACAUAGCGAACGACGAAGGCUUCUCUUCUGCUCCACUGAAGUUGCGAGAAAACUCAAAUCUCAGAGCGAGAGAGAGGAAGAGAGGCAAUUUGCGAUUGCAGAAGAGAAGCAGCGAUGAGGGGAUUUGGAAGAUUGAUGGGGCGAGCCCUUUGGUAUUCGUCUCAGCAACAAAGACUCCUAAGGCCUUCCGUGGAACAUAGCUUACGCCUCCUACAUGCUUCUUCUUCUUCCUCUUCUUCCUCAGCCGUAACGGCGUCGUAUCUGGACAGCCAAAUCGCCUCCUUUUCCUCAAGCCUCGCAUCCCUGAGAUCUUCCCCAUUCGGAGGGCAGAGGAGGACCAUGUUUAUACAAACGCAGUCCACGCCCAACCCUUCCUCUCUGAUGUUCCAUCCUGGGGAGCCGGUUAUGGAAGUUGGGAGCGCUGACUUUCCCAAUGCGCGUGCGGCCAUGAAUUCUCCGCUGGCAAAAGCGCUCUUCGGAAUCGAUGGUAUUACUCGAGUUUUCUUUGGAUCUGAUUUCGUUACGGUGACAAAGUCAGACGAUGCUUCUUGGGAUUUUUUGAAGCCCGAAAUCUUUGCAGCCAUCAUGGAUUUCUAUUCUUCUGGGCAGCCACUGUUUCUGGACUCUAAAACUGCGGCAGCUAAGGACACUGCUAUCGGUGAGGAUGACUCUGAGACUGUAGCAAUGAUCAAAGAACUGUUGGAAACUCGUAUACGACCAGCAGUGCAAGACGAUGGUGGUGAUAUUGAGUAUCGUGGAUUUGAUCCAGAAAGUGGAAUAGUGAAACUGAGAAUGCAAGGAGCGUGUAGUGGCUGCCCUAGCUCAUCUGUCACACUAAAAUCUGGCAUUGAAAACAUGCUGAUGCAUUAUGUUCCAGAGGUCAAAAGUGUGGAGCAAGAACUAGAUCCUGACGAUGAGGAAGCAGCACUUACUGGCCAAAUGGAGUAGGUGUUUUAUUGGUAGAAUAUCAAGUGGUCUUUGCUGUAAGCUAAUUGGAAUCAUAUGUUUUGGAAGGGUGAGAUGGGAUGGCUGGUUGGCUACUAUACAGGUCACCUUAUUUAUUUGCUUGGCAUGAAGCUAAUAAAUUUUGGAUAUAUUUUUUCUGUA